UUAUAUUGGAGCAUGUAAAUGCGAUUUGACGGCAGCUCAAUGUAACUGCGGUUUGGUUCCAGAACGCCUCAAAGAGUUUAUGCACGAUCAACAUAAACAGAGAAGACUAACAAUUGAUGCAUUUCUGAUGGAAAUUGAAGAGCAAGGGACAUCGUCAUCAAUGCCAACAAUGCCAACAUACGAAGAUCCCGAUGAUACAACAUACGUAGACGUACCGAUGACGGUUGAUGAAGAUGUUAUGAAUAGAAGCACAAGUUCACAAUACACAGAAAGAUACGAUUGUUUUAACUUUGCCUUGAUGUGUGACAGAUUUGGUGUGUCUGAUAGAGUAGCGUCAGCAUUGGCAACCAGUCUUUUAAAAGAUUUUGAAAUGAAAGAUCAGCAUGGCGAACCUCUCAUCAUGGAUAAAUCGAAAGUUCGUAGAGAAAGAGAGAAAUGCAGACGAAUAGUGCUCCGCAAAAGGUUUGAUGAUUCCAGUUUAAUAGCGUUUUCAUUCGACGGCAGAAAAGAUGAUACUUAUACGAGAGAAAAAAUUGAUGGUAAGAAUCAUAGUAGGAUGGUAAAAGAACCUCACCUUGUUAUUUUGAGAGAACCGAAUUCUCGAUUGAUUGGUUACGCAAGACUGGUAGAGGAAAGUGCUGAAUACAAAACAACAAAAUUGAAUGAAUUUUUCAACGAUAAAAACAUAUCUCUGGAUGCAUUGAUUGGCAUAUGCACUGACGGUGAGCCAACAAACACUGUCACACACGGUGGAAUUAUACGAAGAUUCGAAUUGCUGCUAAAAAGACCAUUGCAUUGGUUUGUUUGCCUUCUACACUUCAACGAACUUCCGUUUCGUCAUUUGUUUGGGGUUUUGGAUAAAUCAUCCACCACUGGACCAACAUCAACAACCGGGAAACUAAGCAAGCAAAUUGAAAAUUCUGAAGCUCUUCCGGUGGUGAGCGACUUUCAGAGAAUUGCGUUGGAAAAUAUGCCUCCUGUUGCAGAACAGCACGAAUAUUCCACCGAUUCGCAGUACUUAUACGACAUGGCACCACAUCCCUGUCACAAACGUCAUUCCCAUACAUUCUACUUGAAGCCGUUUUUCUCUGGCUCUCUGGCUCGAUUAUACGUCAAAAGGCUGUCAGUACUCGCGAAACAGCCAGAUAAGUUCCAUUCAUGCGAGAUCAACUGUUGCUGCAAGUGGUAUGUAGAAAUGCGAAGCGUCAAGAACGUUUGUUCCGUUUCGAAAGUUUUAUGGAUUUUGUGCAGGACAUAA